ACGUGCCAUCAUACCACCUAUUGUCAAUGGGAAUGAAGCCUUAGACACAUACCGAGAUAUUUCACAGCUCCGGAUUCUUUUAACUAUACCGUCUUUAUAGAGAACUGCUGGUUACUUCUGCGGCUCUUCAUUUAUGAGAGAAUAGAACUGAUGAUGCUGCAUCAGGCUUUACUGAGACGAAUCACUGCCCACUGCUGCGCUUCUCACAGCAGGCAUUGCAUUAGAUCCUUCAGGGCAUCGUCAUGUUGCCUUGAUGGUGUGCGUGUCAGGUUUGCUCCGAGCCCAACAGGAUAUCUUCAUCUGGGAGGCUUACGGACAGCACUCUACAACUUUCUGUUUGCCAAAGCCAACAAUGGAAAGUUUAUUUUGCGUAUUGAAGACACAGACCAAAGCCGGUUGGUCCCUCAGGCCAGUGAGAGGCUUGAAGAAAUGUUGGUUUGGGCAAAAAUACCUCCUGAUGAAUCUCCUGAAGUAGGUGGACCUGUGGGACCAUACAUGCAGUCCCAGCGCCUUCAUCUCUAUCAAGAGUAUGUUAAGAGACUCCUGGAAAAUGGCACUGCAUACAAGUGUUAUUGUUCCAACAGGAGAUUGAAUUGGCUGCGUAAUGAUGCCAUAAGAAGAAAUGAAGUCCCCAAAUAUGACAACAGAUGUCGCCACCUCUCUCAGAAGCAAAUUGAGGAGCUGGAAGGGAAAGGGACAGAGUCAUGCAUAAGGUUCAAGCUUGAUGCAGUGAAGGAGCCAUUUAAGGAUGUCAUCUACGGAUCUCUGGCAAACAGUGCGGCGGAGCAGGAGGGGGAUCCGGUCAUUAUGAAGGCUGACGGCUUCCCCACUUACCACUUUGCCAACGUUGUGGAUGACCACCUCAUGGGCAUCACCCACGUCCUCAGGGGAGUGGAGUGGCAAGUGUCCACACCCAAACACCUCCAGCUGUACAGAGCAUUUGGCUGGAACCCUCCUGUUAUUGGCCACCUCCCCCUCAUCCUGAAUCGGGAUGGCAGCAAGCUGUCCAAGAGACAAGGAGAUGUCCACAUUGAGCAUUACCGUGCCCAGGGAUACGCUGCCGAGGCAGUCCUCAACUUUGUGACAGACAUUGGUGGAGGUUUUGAGGGUAGGGACAGCAGGCAGCUCCUCUCAGUGGAAGAAUUAAUAAAAAAGUUUGAUGUUUCCCGCAUCACAAAAAAUUCUUGCCGUCUGGACAUGGAGAAGUUGUAUCGUUAUAAUCAGCUGAGUCUUCAUAAGUGCCUUGAAGAUUCCUCAGAAGUGAAGAUGCUGCUUGCCCAACUCAGAGACCUUCUCAGGAAGACUUAUAGAGAGAGGCUCCAUAGCAGCACUGCUCAAGAGAAGGUGUUGGGCACAGACUACCUCACCCAGGUGUUGGAGUGGAGCAAGGACAGGAUCACUUGCCUCCAGGACCUGCUGCAGCCAGAGUUCUCCUAUGUUUGGGUGGUUCCUGACCAGCUGCCAGUCAGUCGUCUCCCUGCAAUGUCUUGUUCACAUGCGAAGGUGCUGAGGAGAGUGGAGGAUCUCAUUGCCUCCAAUACGGAUUCCUUCACAAAAGAGAACAUUGCCAGGCUGGUGAAAAGUGUUGGAAAGGAAUACAAGUUGAAAACCCCAGUCAUCAUGAAGUUAAUGAGGAUGGCAGUCAGUGGCCUUACAGAGGGGCCACCCGUUGGGGAAAUGUUGGCCGUGCUGGGCAAAGAAGCAGCCUUGGAGCGCAUCCAGCAUGCUGUGAGGCUUAUACAGAGCAGUAAUUAUGAGUGGGUACCGGGUGUUAGUCGGGGUUUGUGUCCUGCCUCUCGGGGUGGCGGCCUGGCACCUGCCGUGGCGUGUAGCUGAAGGGUGCAAACCUGUGAUCCCCAAACCCGGCUUCGGCCAAACCACAAACCACAAUGAUGAUGAAGGUUCCUGCUGGAGUGAUCAGUGUAGCCUUAAUCUGUGGGGAAUUGUCUUGUCACGGUGAUGGGCGUUGAAGCAUGACUGGCCUGUCACUGGCUGGACAGUUUGGUGCCUGUCAGCUUCAUGGACAAAAGAAUGAACACAGAGGAAGAGGCAAUAAAGAACAAAAGAGAGAGAGAGAAAAGAGUGGA